UUAAUCUCUUAGUCCGCCAUGCUGUCGAACUGAGUAUAAUAUUUUUAAACGAGUAUUGUUUGUGGAUGAAAGUCUAAAUUUGUCCCAAAAAAAUUGUUAAAUUUAUAUAUUGUUUAGUAUUAUCACGGUGAUAACACAUAAUUAUUAAGACUGUUUUGAUUCGAAUGACCAACAACUGAAUUUAUUUGCUGCUCACCACUAUUCCUGCAAACAUGUGGAAUUUUUGCAUUCUAUUAACAAUAGCUGUUCUCGGGACUAGCAAUGCAUUUCAUCUUAAUUCCACUCAUGACAAUAUCGUAGAAAUCAACGGCUGCCAGACACUAAAAGACGAGUGGAAAUGCUGUGAAACUAGUCUCAAAAUCGAAAAAUUCAAACUGACCGCCUGCGUGGAUGUUAAGCUGUUAAGGAAAAAUAUGGGCAUGGAACUCUCUAUGACCAUUAACAACUAUACUAUUAUUGAUGAAGAAAUCUCAGCUAGGAACCCCCCGCCAAUUUGCACUCAUGUACCCUACAUUGAGGAUUUAGUUGAGGCCUGUGUUAAAUUUUAUAAUAUGGAUUGGGAGAAUCAAACACUCAGUGGAUGCUUGGCAUUAGAAGCAAAAUUAGUGCAUCUUAAAAGUUUAGAUUUAAAAAUUGGUUGUUUUAAAUUUCCCUUGACCAUGGAUGAAAUAUCCAAAAGAAAGUUUUUCUUAAAGAAGUUGCUUGACAAAUACAAUAAAAAUCUGGUACAGGUCAUCUAUUAAGUCAAAUGUUAUUUUUACCAAAUUGUCUUCAUGAAAUUAGAAACAUGUAUUGUAACAAAUAUACCUGUGUUUAUAUAGCGUCAGUC